AUGCUGCUCGAUUGCGCCCGCCAAAUGAUGUCUGAUGCUGUGCUUGAGCGCUCUGUGCUCUUUCAGGGCAGAGGAACAGACUCAGAUUUUUCCGGAGGGGCGGCUGGCUGGGAGACAGCUUGCCACUUCAUCAAUGCGGCGGCGAAUGUUAGAGGCUGGCAAGUAGAUUUGGCUCCACGUACGGUGUGUGAGAUUGACUCAAAGAUGCAGCAGGCUUUGCAGCGGAGAGUGCCAAGCAGUUGCUGCAUUUUCAAUGAUAUUCUUGACAUCUUUUCUCUUGGUGCCGCGCCUGCGCGCAAUGCCAUGAAUGCGUGUGACACCUACUUGGAGAAGGUCUUGUGGGCGCAGGAAGCUCACUGUGAGGACUCCGCCUGGUGCGUGCAGCACAGGCAAUUCUGUGCCUUGAACACGACAGCCGGUAGCCGGGUAGGGGGCUUUCCUUGCCAAGAUUUUUCGCAAGCAGGCCUCAUGAAGGGGGAUGUAGGCCCUCAAGCACCUGUCAUCGCCAGCUUCGGAAGAAAGACUUCACUGACCCAAAAUCCGGUGCUUGUCAUUGAGAAUGUGCAAAGCUGCCCCCGUGAAGUUGUGCUGAACACCUUUCCCGGCUACCAGUGGGCUGCUACUUCAGUUUUCAGUCCAGCGCAAGUUGGCUUCGAGUGCACCAGUCGCAAAAGGCUCUACAUGGGCGCGGUCCACCAGGCCACUACAGAUUGCGCUCAGGAUCCAGGUGUUCUUUUCGAGUACCUUUGCCACUGCUGCCGGCGUGAGCGGACGCCAAUUACGCCACGUUCCUUGCUCGUGGCGUCUGCGGCGGAAAUUCGUGAGGAUGCUGAGUUGCUGGCAAAGACAGCUGCCCGAGGGUCUGCGAAUAUGCUGUUGACGAAGUCCGAGCAGAAGCACGUAGCAGCCUACGUCGACAAGUUUUCGAAGCUUGAUUGCUGCGAUCAGUCUCAGUGGGAGAACCUUGUGGUGCAUGUAGGAGACAACCCCGCAGGCGGCUGGACAACGUGGUCUGCGCACAGCAAUGCCCUGCCGACUAUCAGAAAAUCUGGUAGUCUCUACUUUGCCCCGGCGUGGCGAAGACAUCUCACAAUGAUGGAAAUGUUUCUGAGCAUGGGCUACCCCAGCCAUCCACUGGCGGCUGAGCAGUCGCACUUGCCUGAAACACACCUGCUCAACGUGUACAGUCCAGAUUUCGCUCUGAGCUGGUUCGAUUGGAGGCGUGCUCUAGGAAACUCCAUGCAUGUUGCUGCGGUCGGUGCCUUUGCAGGCGCCAUGCUUUUGUGUAGCCGCAUGAAUUGCCAUGAUUUCUCAUGCGAAGAGAUUCUGUCCAACAUGGAUGUGGAUGCUGACGAAUGA